GUGCAAUGUGUAGUGUUCACAAUCUGCAAACCAAACUCAAGAGAAGAGCAUGAGAGUGACUGUCAGGAGAUUCUGCAUGUGUUGGACAGUGUGAUGGUUCAGACAGAAGCUCACUGGGAGAACGCUCUUCAGUGUUGAGAAGAUCAGCUGUGUACAUGGGGUCACCAAUGCCUCCUCCAGCAGUGCUUCCAAAACCAAAAUUCAAGUGUCCGGGGAAGAUUUCCCCUGCUGAUAUCGUGGAUCAGGACGAGACUGAGACAAAUAUUAUCAGAGAGAGGACCGCUGCGGUCUCCAAAUAUUACAGACAUUUUGACAAGAGUAUCACCAAAGAUACACCAGAUCAUUCUUCGUCUGAUAAGCUCAUAGAAGCUCACCUUGAGCAUGAACGUCAAGACACCGGUGACCAACAUCCGGAGGGAUCAAUGAGUCACUCCUCACAGGGGUCCGAUUGGCCAGACUGGUCGGGUUGGUGGUCAGAAGAAGUCAAAAGAGUGAGUAAGCUUAAAGAGAACGAGAUUGGCACCAACCUCGAGCAUCUCCAGACUCCUUCAGAAACCAGCACGAGCGUUCUUCAACACGAUGAAUCUGUUCAGAGGCGGGAGGACGUUGUAGAAGAACAACAGCAGAACAUGGAGAACGAUGGCGACAAACAGGACAUCAAAGAGAUGAAACUCUAUAAGAUCGCGAAUGAACUUCUGCAGACGGAAAGAGCUUAUGUGAAGCGACUGCACUUACUGGAGCAGGUGUUUUGCAAUAAACUCUCAGAGGAGGCGCUGAAGGGGCUGUUUCCUCUGGACGUGGUGAAGGGCAUCUUUUCUAACGUGGGAUCCAUCUACACCUUCCACAGCGCAUUCCUCCUGCCUGAUCUGGAGACACGGAUGAGCCAGUGGGACUCAACGCCUCGUAUCGGGGACAUCUUGGCACAGCUCGCUCCUUUUCUGAGGAUGUACGCUGAGUAUGUGAAGAAUUUCGACAGUGCCAUGGAUCUGCUGAAACAGUGGACGGAACGCUCACCGCAGUUUAGCGCCGUUAUUCAGGACAUACAGAGUAUGAAAGAGUGUGGAAAUCUGACUUUACAACAUCACAUGCUGGAGCCAGUACAGCGGGUUCCUCGCUACGAGAUGCUCAUUAAAGAUUAUCUGAAGAAAUUACCGGAGGACGACAGCGACCGCAGCCAAGCUGAAAAGUCUUUGCACAUCAUCUCAAUGGCUGCUACGCACUCCAACAUGGCCAUCCGGAAGAUGGAGAACCUUAAGAAGCUCAUGGAGAUCUACGAGAUGUUGGGAGGAGAGGAGGACAUCGUGAAUCCCUCUAAUGAGCUCAUAAAAGAAGGACAGAUCCUGAAACUGGCAGCCAGGAACACUUCGUCCAUGGAGAGAUACCUCUUCCUGUUUAACAACAUACUGCUGGACUGUGUGCCAAAGUUCAGUCUGGUGGGUCCCAGGUUCACCGUACGCACGCGGGUCGGGGUCGAGGGCAUGAAGGUGCUUGAAACCUCCAAUGACGAUUAUCCACACACUUUCCAAGUGUCUGGUAAAGAGCGUACACUUGAACUACAGGCCAGCUCGGAGGAAGACAAAGAGGACUGGAUCAAGGCGUUCCAAGAGACCAUCGCAGUUUUUCAGCAGAAGAAUGAAACGUUCAAAACGGCCUCGAGAGAAGUGGGGGAUGAGGUGUCUAAAGAGGAGCUGGGAAAGAGAGCUCCACGCUGGAUUCGGGAUAAUGAGGUGACCAUGUGCAUGAAAUGCAAGGAACCCUUCAAUGCUUUGACCCGCAGGAGGCACCAUUGCAGGGCGUGCGGAUAUGUGGUGUGCUAUAAAUGCUCCGACCACAAAGCAUCGCUGCAAUAUGAUGGCAAUAAAUUAAAUAAAGUGUGCAAGGACUGCUACUUAAUACUGACUGGCAGAGCGGAUGCCGAAGAACCAGUCGGCGGCAAGAAGAGAGGAAUUCUUGAGAUUGAAGCGGCUCAAGUCUCAGAAAACAGUUACAUGUGCGGCUUCCUACAGUACAGUGACAGAACCAAACCAUGUCAGAGGGUCUGGUGUGUGAUUCCUCAGCAUGAUGCGCUGGUUCUUUAUCUGUAUGGUGCGCCGCAGGAUGUCAAAGCCCAGUGUACGAUUCCACUCCUGGGUUACCAGGUUGAGGACAUCCACAGACCAGCGGAUCAUCCUCCAACAAGCUUCCGUCUGUGCCAGUCCAAAUCCGUCCACUGUUUUGCUGCAGACAAUGAGGAAAUGAAACUGCGCUGGCUGAGAGUCAUCCACAAAGCUGUGAUCGGAGAGACGCCAGAAUGCCAGACGCCGUGUGAUGAUGGGCCUGUCAACGGUUGCCAUGACAGCAGACCAGAUGAUAUCUAAGAGUCCGUUGGUGCACAUAAAACUUUACAUGCGUUUGUGAAUGCACACGAAUCGACACGUGUAACAAAAACACUUAUUCUUUGCUGUACUAUAAUAAUUUGUAAAAAUCUUUUUGUGAUCGAUUCAAUCUGUUUCUGAUUAAAUGACCUCAGACUGCUUACCAAUCACAGCAAAGCUGGCACAAGCUAUGUUUAAUGAUUCCAGGCCUGCGUUUAUUGUGCUGUUUGUCCUUAUUACUGUCCCUACAAUCCAUGCACUUUACUGCUUUUUGUAAACCACAAUUUGACACUGAAAAUAAAUAAAAAUUCUUGAGUAAA